AUGUCUGGGCAUAAGUUCGUCAAUACCGGCGUUCCCGGUGCCUACCAAUAUCUCCCUCUCAACGACCCCCCUAUCGGAUUGGCUUACCCCAGUAGCAUCUACCCCCAGAAUGCGACAAUGCCGGAGCUUUUCAAGCCACUGACGAUCCGUGGGGUUACGUUCCACAACAGAGCGUUCGUGUCGCCAAUGUGCCAGUACAGCUCAGACAAGGGCCAUGCGACUGACUGGCACUUCGUCCACAUCGGGGUAGGCUUCUCAGCUCAUUGUUUUGGCACAGGGUUCGCUACCCGUGGCCUGGGUGCCAUCUGCAUGGAGGCGACCGCAGUUAUCCCCGAAGGACGCAUCUCGCCCCAGGACGCAGGCCUCUGGGACGACAGCCAGAUCGCACCACUGAAGCGCAUCGUUGACUUCGCCCACGCUCAGGGUGCCGUCAUUGGCGUUCAGCUCGCCCAUGCUGGGCGCAAGUCUUCCACGAUGGCCCCGUGGGUGCACUCCGAUAUGGCCCACACGCGCAUUGCGCCGAACUAUAUUGCGCUGCUGGAAGACGGAGGCUGGGCCGACAGAGUCGCCGCUCCGAGCCCGAUCCCUUUCUCUGACGUUUAUCCGACACCCUACGAGCUCCCCGAGGCGGAGAUCAAGCAGAUUGAACAAGCUUUCCUUGACGCCGUCGAGCGGUGCAAGAAAAUUGGAUAUGAUUUCAUCGAGAUCCACGGCGCGCACGGCUACCUUCAACACGAGUUCAUGUCCCCGCUCUCGAACCUCCGCACCGACCAGUACGGCGGUUCGUUCGAGAACCGCGUCCGCUUCUCGCUCUCCGUCGUGCAGAAGGUCCGCGCCGCCUGGCCCAAGCCGUUUUUCUACCGCAUCAGCGCCACCGACUGGGCCGAGGGCCCCGAGCGCGACGCCGCGACAGGCGAGUGGAAGCAGUGGGGGCUCGAGCAGAGCACUCUCUUCGUCGGUGAGCUCAAGCAGCUCGGCGUCGACCUCGUCGACGUGAGCACCGGCGGCAACUGGCUCAAGCAGAAGAUCCCCGUCGCGCCCGGCUACCAGGUCCCCUUCGCGGCGGCGAUCAAGAAGGCGCACCCGGACAUGCUCGUCGGGACCGUCGGGAUGAUCACCGACGCGGAACAGGCGGAGAUGUAUCUCCGGAACGGCCAGGCGGACGUCGUCUUCCUCGCACGCGAGCUCAUCCGCAACCCGCAUUGGGCGAUGCAGGCCGCACAGAAGCUUGGCGUCGCCGUCAAGCCCGCGAACCAGUACGAGCGCGGGUGGGCGACGACCCACCACGAGCGGGGUGCCGAGCAAGGGUCGGGCAAGGAGCAUCUGGACCAGAAGCCCGCAAACACUUGA